GAUAUUACCGUGAAACUGAGGUCAGAAGUUCUCUCUCACAGCCAUCUUGGAUAUAACGUCCCGAGUUGUAAUCAUGCCUGGCGAAGCCACAGAAACGGUCCCAGUCACCGAGCAGGAGAUGCAGCAGCCUCAAGUAGAAACUGGAUCCGGCACUGACUCGGACAGCGAUGACUCAGUCCCUGAACUGGAGGAACAGGACUCUGCACAGACACAGACUCAACAAGCUCAGCUUGCAGCAGCUGCUGAAAUAGAUGAGGAACCUGUCAGCAAAGCCAAACAGAGCCGCAGUGAAAAGAAGGCACGAAAGGCGAUGUCAAAGCUUGGUCUCAGACAGGUAACAGGAGUCACCAGAGUCACCAUUCGCAAGUCAAAGAAUAUCUUAUUUGUCAUCACCAAACCAGACGUCUACAAGAGCCCCGCAUCAGACACAUACAUCGUCUUCGGUGAAGCCAAGAUUGAAGAUCUUUCCCAGCAAGCCCAGCUGGCCGCUGCAGAAAAAUUCAAGGUCCAGGGAGAAGCUGUAUCAAACAUCCAGGAAAACACACAGACGCCCACAGUACAGGAGGAGAGCGAAGAGGAAGAGGUUGAUGAGACCGGAGUUGAGGUUAAGGACAUCGAACUCGUCAUGUCACAAGCCAACGUGUCGCGGGCGAAGGCUGUACGCGCCCUGAAAAACAACAACAACGACAUUGUCAACGCCAUUAUGGAGUUGACGAUGUGAUGGGACCCUGUCGACAAAGGGUAGAAGAAAGGUUGCUGAUUUAAUCUGAGCUCAUUUAUACAAUUUAUACCCAAGAUGGAAAUAAAGUUGUGGCUUGAUGAAAUGAAA